GUUACUGGUCGUGUUUACAUUGUGGUGUUGAAGACUUGGCUGAGAUCUCUUCCCUUAUGUCUUAUUUUACCUUAUUUAACACUCCCUCGAGGUCCUCAGCUUAAGAUGGACGUGCUGCUGCCAGUGUUCCAGUUGUUGUAUUUUGUGGCCCACUUCUUGGCCAGUCUCGCCCUCUCUGUGAUCGACACCUUCUUCCACCUUCACCGCCUUCUGCUGCGGGUGUAUUCCUUCUUGGUGCUCGCCCGAGUCCCGCCCGGUCGCCUACAGGCCGAUGCCGCCCAGCUGAAGAAGGUGCCGCAGCACUUGGGAUUGGUGUGCGUCGGCCAGCAGGCUCACCACGUGGCCCAGCUGUCGACGGUGAUAUCCUGGGCCAUAGGGUACGGGGUCCACUACGUGUCCCUGUACGACGCCCACGGGGUCCUCAAGCGCAAGAGACCGGCGCUCCUCGGGGCUCUACGGGAGAGCGACUCCGACGUCUUAUAUAACGUCGUGUCGUACGGCCGGGACCGUCACCCCGACAGAGACGUCGUGGCGGGGAAACGAGCGGAGGCUAACGGCACGACGCGGCACCGGGAAAUAACGGUCAAUCUCCUGAGUCAGGCGGACGGCAGGAGUAACCUAGCGUCCGCCGCCCGCAGGUUGUGCUCCGAGGGAUGUAAGAUAACGGCGGCGAUGAUCGAGUCUCGGCUGGUGACUCUGGGGCAGCCCGACCCCGACGUAGUCAUCACCAUAGGGGAGCCUAUCUCCACGCUAGGGUUCCUUCCCUGGCAGGUGCGACUCAGUGAGUUCUUCUCCACUCCUUCCUUGAGUAGAUUUGAGUACAACUCCUUCCAGACGAUACUCCGGAGAUACUCCAAGUGUGAACAGAGAUUCGGCAAGUAGACGACCGAACGCCACUUGUAAAUAAUAGUUCUCGUACUUAAGAAAGACACUCAGGUCACCUUUAGGGAUGUUGCCAGAAUAUCCGCGACCUUCAACGACUCGUAGAGAAAGACUCGUCGUUGUUUAUGUGUUCCACGACAAGUCACGGCGGUGCUGGUCGACGCCCCGGCAGUAACAGGUGCGGAGAGACUCGGUAGAGAUAAUUUUUCUUCCCUGUUUACAUUUCAACAUUCCAGUGGGGUUUUUUAUUUUUUUAUUUUCUGUGUUUUGGGUCACUCAGUUUGUGAGGUCAAUAGGGUGUCAGUUCUUAUGUGACCUAACCUAACCUAACCCCAUGCUAACCCAAUCAUAGCUAAUCUAACCUAAUUCUAAACUCAAUCUUACCUAACAUAAUGUAACCAAACCCAACCAAACCCAACCAAACUAAGCCUAAACACUGAAGAUGGAUACAAGUGAUCGUCAGCCCCGCGACACCCCAAUCCUGCUGGUUACUUUAGGGUACGUCGCUGCGUAUCAGAACUGAAGCCCCUUUGACCCACUGCUCUAUAAACUGGCCGAUCGCAGCUUAAUCCAGUGUGGGGUUAGGUUAGGGAGAUUGGUUUAAUGGUUUAAUAUUGUUUUAUUAUUACAUUAAAUCCUCCCAAUAGUGGGUUUAUUUCUUACAAGACCUGUUUGCUAUUGAGAGGAUUCUGUUAAUGAGAAUGUCCCCUAUUGAGAAGUCUGUUAAUGAGAGGGUUUUUGUUUUCUGCAUUAUUAUUAUUAUUAUUAUUAUUAUUAUUAUUAUAAGUAUUAGUAUUAUUAGUAUUAUUAUUGUUAUUAUUAUUAUUAUUAUUAUUAGUAGUAGUAGUAGUAGUAGUAGUAGUAGUAGUAUGUACUGUACAGGGUGUGUCAUAAGUCAUACACCAUUGGGAAAUCACAUUAGGUUCAAUAGCUAAGCGAUUCGUCAUCUUUAAAAUAUUCCAUCGAUUCUAUGUAACGGCGGUGACUUAACUACCAUUCAUGCGUCUUGUGGUGUUGUUGUUUUCCGAUGUAAUUUCCUGCUUUAUUCUGUGUUUUGUUGAUCAUCUUAGUAGGCAAUAGAUUCUAGAUUUGGUUAGGUUAGGUUUGGUUAGGUUAUUCUGUGAAUGAUUGGGGUGACGUGUUUCUUUGUGGAAGAUUAAUAAUUGGAUUCUUUUCUUUCGAGUUAAUUUAUCUAACGUUUUUGUUGAUUAGUUGUGAAUUACUUGAUCUAAAGACACCUUGUACAUGUGUGUGUGUGUGUGUGUGUGAACUAUAAGACACCCUGUACAUGUGUGUGUGAACUAUAAGACACCCUGUACAUGUG